AUGACUAUCGCUUCUCCGAUAACCUCGCUCUUCUCACGACUCUUCCGCCCAUUUUCCACAAGCGUGCCACUACUCUCGCUGACUUCUGAGUCUCAAUCACGCAAAAUGUCUACAGUCACUGAAAAAGCCACCGUCGCAGCUGGCUGCUUCUGGGGCGUCGAGCACCUGUACCGCAAAACCUUCGGCAACGGCAAAGGUUUGCUCGACGCAAAAGUUGGCUACUCUGGUGGCCAUAUUGAUACACCAUCUUACCGGGCUGUAUGCGGUGGUGAUACUGGACAUGCUGAAGCUCUUCAGGUGACUUUUGAUCCUUCUAUCGUGACGUACCGCCAACUCCUUGAGUUCUUCUACCGUAUGCACGAUGCUUCGACACCAAAUCGACAGGGUCCCGAUAUUGGUACCCAGUACCGCAGUAUGAUCUUCACACAUGGUGAGGAGCAGCAGAAGAUCGCGCAAGACUUGACCGAUAAGGUCAGCAAGGAGUGGUAUAAGAAGGCUGUUUCGACAAAGGUCGUACCGGCUGGUACAUGGUGGGAUGCAGAGGAUUACCACCAAUUGUACCUCCACAAAAACCCCGCUGGAUAUGAGUGCCCGGCACACUUUGUGCGGGACUUCCCUCCUCUCUCGGAUUGA